CACUGAUUGGCAGCACUGAUAGGUGGCACUGACUGGCAUUGAUAGGUGGCACUGACUGGCACCGAUGGGUGACACUGAAAGGCAGCUCAGAUGGACACUGAUAUGUGGCAUUGAUGGGCACUGAAAUGUGGCACUGAUGGGCACUGGCAGGUGGCAUGGAUGAGCACUGAGAGCUGGCACUGAUGGACACUGACAGUUGGCGCUGCUGGGGCUACACAGAUCAUCAGGGCACACUGAUCAUCAUUGCCCUGAUGAUCACUGUCAGCAUGACAGCUCGUGAGGAGAGAAAUGCCGAUAACCGGCAUUUCCCUGUUUACAUGUGAUCAGCUGUGAUUGGA